AUGUUGUCGCUCUUUGUGGCAGGCCUCUUGCUGGGGUCGUGCAGUCAAGCAGUCGCACAGGACCUCACAAGUGCGCAAAUAUCCAUUGUCAGCGAGCGACUGGCCCAGGGUGCAGUGCACAGUUGGGAGUUCGGAACGCGUGCCGAGGCUCUCCUGGAACUCAACGCGCCGACAUACUCUGUCGUAUCGUUCAACCCCGUCCCACCUCCCCAGAGCAUUCCAUCCAAUUUAACCGAUGCGCUUGGCGAAGUGUUCGCGAUUGCGCGCGGCAUCGUUGCCGGCCGGAACUUGUCCAAUGGAAAUAUCACUGGCCCCCAGCCCCUGAUCAAUGAUUCGAGCGCAGGGGAUCCAGCAAGUAUCGGAGUCUCCGUGUUACUUGCGAACUGGACGGGUCAGGGGGCAGCAGAUGGACUAGACUACGCAGGAGCUGCGCGGGACCAGCUCGACUAUCUGUUCCAAAACGUAUCUAAGACAAGCGAUGGUGCCAUUUCUCACAGAGUGGACCAAUUGCAGCUUUGGAGUGAUUCUGUUUACAUGGUUCCUCCAUUUUUAGCAUAUUAUGGGGUUCUGACGCAAAACCAGACCCUUCUGAACGAGUCCUAUACCCAGAUAAGCCUGUACCGCAAAUAUCUUCGAGACACAACGGCCAAUAAUCUAUGGAAGCACAUACAACUUGGUCAGACAGGAAAUGAUGACGGGCACUGGUCGACAGGCAAUGCAUGGGCAGCAGCAGGCAUGAUACGGGUCCUUGGGACUAUUCAACGCUCUCAGUAUGCAGAUUCGUUCAAAAGUCAACAAAAUGACCUUGCCAAUUGGGUGCACGAGAUUCACGGAGCAAUGUAUCCCCACAUCAACUCCAACGGAUUGUUCUAUAAUUACGCAGAUAAUAGUACCACGUUUUAUGAUUCUUCAUCAGCCGCGUUAAUGGCUAGCACGGUCUAUCGCUUGUCCCUCCUUUGCAACAUCCACACAUACCUCUCCCUCGCCGAACAAUCUCGCAAAGCACUUUCAGCUCCCGCUGGCACUAUCAUUUCCGUCACCAAUACCUCGACGACGCCAGUGCCAAGCACAACAUCCACCGCACCUCCCGCAACGAAUACAAGCACCCCUGGCUUGCUCCACAUCACGCCGGACGGAUGGCUCACACCGGUAGUGAAUCCAUACUCAUAUGGCGCGCAGGGUUCCGACAGUCCAGAGGGCCAGGCAUUCAUCCUUGAGAUGCAGGCCACAUGGCGUGACUGGGUAACGGACGGGGCACAGGGUACGAAUAGCGCCCACGAGGCUCGUCCUCAUGUCUUGUUGAUAGGAGCUAUGGUGGCUUUACCCUGGUUAACGAUCGUCAUUUGCUAG